AUGGUGCUAAAGUAUUCGGAGAUGUCCUACAAUGCGGACAUGCCUAAGGAUAUGAUCCAAGAGGCGCAAGAUGUCAUCAUCAAGGCAUUCGAGACGGAAUCCCUCGAGAACGCUGUUGCGACCCACAUCAAGCGCGAAUUUGUGAAGAAGUACAAAGGCGUGUGGCACUGCGUCGUAGGGAAGAACUUUGGCUCCUUUGUCACCCAUGAAAUGAAGGGCUACAUUUACAUAACGUGGGGGCCGAUUUCCAUCCUGCUGUGGAAAACAGUGAGCUAA